AUGGAAAUUGCAGCAGUCGGCUCGAGGCUGGCUGGUCAGGAAGCUUUCAGGGUCGGUCCCGCCUUUCUCGGCUUCUGCUCUGAGGCAGUGAGCACGUUGCCAGUGCUUCUUCCUUUCAACAUUACCGUCUUCUGCUUCGAUUUCGCUGGUUCGGGUCUCUCGGACGGCGAGUACCUUAGCCUCGGUUACUACGAGCGAGAUGACCUUGCAGUGGUCAUUGAUCAUCUCCGCGAAUCGAACCGGGUGACGUGCAUAGGCCUCUGGGGCAGGUCGAUGGGUGCUUCCACCGCCCUGCUUCACGCGGAUCGGGAUCCAUCAAUUGCGGGCCUCGUGCUGGACAGUCCGUUUUCAGACUUGAAGGUUCUUUGCGAAGAGCUGGUGGACGGCUACACGAACAGCCGUGUGCCCAGGUGGGUCGUGAGCAUCGCACUCCAGAUGGUGCGGAGUUCCAUCAGUACCAAUGCGGACUUCGACAUUUACGACCUUGCACCUGUGCAGCAUGUCUCCAAGUCCUUUAUCCCUGCGCUCUUCACAGCUGCGUACAACGACCACUUCAUCAAGCCACACCAUGCCCGAGAGCUUCAUUCUGCUUAUGCCGGGGAUAAGAACUUCAUCAUGGUGGAGGGAGAUCACAACUCAGCGCGGUCCAAGUUCUUCCUGGACUCUGUCUCCAUAUUCUUCUUCAACACGCUGCAGGUCUGGUUGUAUCGGCAGACUGUCCAGCGAAAGCAUUGCUGA